AUGCGUACGUCCGACGCCUUAUGGGGGAAAGGUGGGUUUAGCUGUUGUGGUGGUGAUGAUGUUGGUGGCCAUUGCUGGUGGCCGGUUGAAUGGGGCACGGGUGGAUACCUCGAUUCACAAAUUGACGAGGUGGCCAGGAAGGCAUGGCCGUCUGCAGUCGGAGAGAUGAGGUGGGCGGGGAGACUGGAAGACACUGCCGGGAUGAUAAUUGAGCUUGCUCAAAUUUGA